UGAGUAGGAAUGCAGCUUUACUCGUGAUUUAAACGGAACUUACACUGAAGCCACGUAAUAUACAUUAUACAGUAAACCUUUUUAUUAGGUAGUGCUAAGUACCAACCAUUUUUACGUGCGGUUGUGAGUUUUGCAACUAUUGUUACUAAAUGUUCCUUACUGUUUUAUUUGUGCUGCUUUGUUCAAGUAAAGUAUUAGGAGAAGAAGAAGAAGACAAGAGACCACUGCUCGCCUGCAGCGAUAACAGUGACAUUACAAUCGGGUUAAAACAAGGCACCACGAAAUGGACCAACGAUGGGCCAUUAUAUUAUACUUCACUAGCGAUAGAUAACCUGCAGAACGGCGCUACGGUAUGUUUUAAUCUGAAGACACCGCAAGGAAAAACAGAGAGGUACGCAGUAAAGUUAGAGGAAGUGUCAGGAGCCGCCAGAUUUGAGGACCAGUAUGAUUUUGGUGUUCCCAAUGUCACGGCUAAAUGCACGUGCAGUUGUUCAGAUAACUCUAAUAUCUUGAAGGAGUGCAACGCAGAAGAAUUAGGGUUUUGUGACGGAUAUGGAUCAGAUGCAAGGUGUGUUACUAAAAAUGAAGAGACUGAAGUCAACAAAGGUUGUACGGGUCUGCAGAAGGAUUCUGAUUUGUGUUGUGCAAUACAGAUGAAGAACUCUGAUAUAACAGAACGGUUCAAGGCCUUUAAAAUCAGAGAUCAGCAGCAGAGCUUUGUAAAACUGCAGCUGUAUCCAAGUUACAGUGACCUUGCUAUGAGCCCUCAUGUCAUUGAUGAUUUGGAAGAGACACGGCAAGUACAAGCUGAUAACAUCCAGUUUAAAGAAGUAUCAGUGACCAGGGAGGGCAGCAGUGAUAACCAGUUCUUAAACCCUACCAGCUGGUACAUAGGUACUAGCUUCCCCUACUCUCCUACUGUUUACGAGACAUCAAAAGAAGUGAAUGGGAAGAGCGAUUAUGAUAUUUCUAAAGUGGGGUGGGCUAAAUUUGAGGAUGGGGCGUAUCAAGUAGGGCAGGACAGGAUACCAGACAGUAAGAUAAUAGACGCUUUCACAGCGACAGUGUCAGACUGUGGCAACAGUGAUAUUACCUCUGCAUUCGACUCGAUACAUUUGGUAGAUUUAAAAAAUACUUUGAAGGAGUUGAAGUCCAAACAUAGUACUUAUGUUGAAAAGAUUUCAUGGGAAAAUUCCGGACAUCUAAACCACGGUAAACUCGACUGGACCUACAAAAAUUCGGCAUACAAAAUUGAUCUGAAAUUUAAGCUCGAAGGAAAAAACGACGAUUUCGAAGUUGAAAGGAUAUCAGUUGGGGCGGAGAUUACUGAUUUCACAGCGCAAGUAGUGGUUACAGAACACGGAGAAGCUUACAUACAGUAUAACUUGACUGAGAGCUGGGGUGUCGUGUUCGGGACAUACACGUUAGGAGGAGAUUCUCUAGAAUUUACAUUUGAAGUAACAGAUAACACGUCUUAUAGUGGACAUUACACACACACAGAUCUAGAAUGCAAUAAAAACGCUAACGGUAAGCUGUGUCUUAACGUGAUAGACGGGCCUCCAAUGUGUAAAACAAUCCUUUGCAAUGAGAAGAAGAUAAAAGAGUCAGAUAUAAUCGACAACGAGAUAAUAUCAGAGAACGUAAUAUCUGAAGAUCCCAUGAACUGGAGAACCUGGGCCAAGUUUGCUAAUCCUCUGGAAUGGUUUAAUGGCAUCUCUAACUAUCAGGAAGCUAUAAUGUUAGUGGUAGAAGUGGUGGGCAUGUUCGGUACAGUAUUCCUCGUUAUCAAGAUACUAAAGAUGUUGAACCUCCUGGGGAAAUGUUGCCGCUGUAUGUUCUGCUGCUUCCUGUGUCCCAAGGCAGAAGAUAAGAUAAGGAAGCGUGCAACCACAGUCAGUUCUAACUCGCGACGCCGCUUUACGGAAACAAAACGCCGCAUGACCGCACGAAGUAGGAAGUUUACCUCCUCGUUUAAGAGAAACCACAGAGUCACUUCUGAUGGCUCUAAAGAGGGCAGGAACAGGAGCUUUAAGGAAACUGUCAGAGUUCGUCUGACAACUGCAGCUGCAGUGGAGUACUUGAGAAGGAAGGUACGAGGAGAGCCAACACCUCCGGUUACUAACGAAUACGAACUGGAAGAAGGCUCAAAGAAAAUACCCACUAAAGUACAAGAAAACGAUAUGACGUGCGAAUCAGAGGAAACUACGGAGGAAAAAGGACAUGUAAAUGUGAUGUUUGAAGAGGAGGGAAGAUCUGGGGAAGAGGCGGGAAGAUAUGGGGAAGAGGCGGAUAAGACGGGACAUGUGAAUGAGAUGUUUGAAGAAGAGGAGGUGAGAAGAAACAAGCCAGUUACAAAAACUGUCAGCUUUAAAUAGAACACGUAGGAAGGUUCUUACUGAAAUACUUCAGCUCCAAAUAUGAGUAUUUUGUUGGAACACUGAGUAAAGUCAGGUGAUUUCUUAAUGAAAUUAGGUUUUCUGUGAUUAAUAUUAUGUUCCAUUAACAAUCAGAACUUCAUUUUUAUUAUACAAUCAAAUCCCCAUAUUUAGCUAUUUUUACCGUUACAUUUCUAUAUUUUCCAGCGUUUUAUUACUUGGCAGCUGAUGUUUUUGUGAUUUUCAGUUAUAUUAUUAUUGAGAUGUAAAGCAUGUUUUCUUUACAUAGUGCUAUUAUUUUCUUUACAUAGUGCUAUUAUAUGUAUUUGAUAUGCCUAAUGAAUGAUACAUAUAAUUUUUACUAUAAUAUUAAUUAAUUACG